AUGGGUAACUCCAGAUAUCACAGGCGGUUCGAGGUGCUCGUGCCACUUGUCGCGCUCUGGUUGGUCAUCUGCGCGCUGCCGUCCGCGCGUAGCGAAGAGGACGACGAGGGUGCUAACGCUGUAACCGGCGUAUGCGAGGUGUCGAAUCUCGCCGGCUACAAAUACGCCGUCGACCUUAGCGGCAACGGUCUCUACCUACACUGGGCUCCUAAAGGCACGACCGAAAUGGACUUCGCGAUCGAGGCGCGUCCCGGCAGCGGCGCGGAGUCCACGUGGGUGUCCGUUGGCUGGUCGGCUGGUCGAAUGGCUCCCGCCGACGCGGUCAUGGGGAACCUUGCCGGAAACAAGGUCGCGGCGUACUCGAUACAAGGCUACGACAUGGGGUCCCUCUCGCCGACGACGGCGUUUGCGUUGGCGUCGACGGCGGUCCUGACCAGCAAUGGCGGCAGCACGGUUUCCAAGUUCACUCGCACGAUCGGCGACGGGGAUUUUCCCGUGGCGCCCGACCAGAACACGCUUAUUUGGGCGUUUUCCGGCAGCGGCUCGCAGGGGCUGGAUUACCACGGCGGGAACGUCGGCAUCGUGAGCAUUGACUUCACCUGCGCUAGCGGUGCCGCGCCCGCGACGGGAGCACCAGACUCCAUCAGCGGCGGCGGCAGUGGCAGCAGCUCCGGUUCCAGCAGCGGCGGCGGCGGCGGCGGCGCUUCGUGCCCGGCUUCCUCGCUGACGGGAUUCGACUAUCAGGCGGAACUCACCCCAGGCCUGCUCCUCCAUUGGAAGCAAGCUUCCUCCAAGUCGCUCGACAUGGCUCUCGAAGCCACCGCAUCCGGCGGCGCCGCGGGCUCGUGGGUCUCCGUCGCGUGGACGGGCGACGGCCGCAUGGUCCCGUCCGACGCGGUCAUCGGGAACCUCCCGGGCGGCGCGGCCGGCGCGUACGCGAUCUCGGGAUAUGACGUGGCAUCCGUCUCGAAGACGUCGACGUUUUCCGUCGGCGCGGCGUCGACGGAGACGUCGAGCGGCGGAAGCGCGAUCGUGAAGUUUACGCGGACGGAGGGGGAGGGGUCGAUCCCGAUGUCGCUUUCCGCGCCGAACGCGCUGAUCUGGGCUUAUUCCGGGAGCGGAUCUCAGUCGUUGGAUUACCACGGCAGUAACUACGGUUCUAAAACUGUGAGCUUCAACUGUGGCGGCAGCAGCACCACCCCCACCACUCCCACCACUCCCGCCACUCCUUCCCCCGCAGUCCCCUCGCCCUCUCCCCCCGCCACCACCCCCGCUCCGCCCACCACCUCCCCCUCCUCACCUGGCUCCAGUAGCAGCAGCAGCAGCAGCGGCAGCGCAUGCACGCCUUCUACUCUAGCUGGCUAUACCUGCUCCGAGAAACUGAGCGGAAAUGACUUCGUCCUGCACUGGAAGACCAACGUUGACUCCAUUGACCUGGCAUGCGAGGUGGCAACCACCGGGUGGGUCUCUGUCGGGUGGAGCGCAGACGGCAAGAUGUACCCCUCAGAUGCCGUCAUCGGCAACCUUGCCUCCUCCACCACCAAGCGCGCCGCAGCCACCGGCAGUGCUACAGGCGGUGGUGCUACAGUCGCCGCCUAUAGCAUUGCUGGUUACUCCGAGUCGGAUGUAGCUCCGGCAACGGCGGCCCUCCCGCUGGCCGCUACAGCCGUGGAGACCUCGUCCAAUGGGAAGACGGUGGUGAAAUUCUCGCGUGUGCUCAAGGGCGGGAAGUUCCCGAUCGACACGAGCGCGCCGACGAAUCUUAUCUGGGCGUACUCCGCUGAUGGGUCCAAAAAACUGGCCAAUCACGGCGGCAAUCGCGGUUCUGCGGCAAUUAGUUUUGCUGCAAGUGCUGCCUCAGGCUCGGGACCCGGCUCGGCAUCAGGCUCGGGAUCAGGCUCGCCGGCCCCUCCCACCACGCCUCCUACUGAUUCGUCCUCUGGCAGUGGCAGCAACAGCAGCAGCAGCAGCAGCAGCAGCAACAGCACUGGAAGCAGCAGCAGUUGCACACCUUCCACCAUCGCUGGUUACACCUGCUCCGCUCAGCUCGACGGGAGCAAUUACGUUCUGCACUGGAAUGCCACCGGGGACAACAUCGCCUUUGCCUGCGAGGUAGCAACCGCCGGGUGGGUCUCCCUGGGGUGGAGCGCAGACGGCAAGAUGUACCCCGCUGAGGCUGUCAUUGGCAACCUCCCUGCCACCUCCACCUCUGCAAAUUCGGGCGGCGCUACAGUGUCGAGCUACAGCAUUGCCGGCUACAGUGAGACUGACGUCACUCCGACGACUGCGACGGGUAUUGCGCUGGCCGCUACAGCCGUGGAUUCGUCGGCCAAUGGGAAGACAGUGGUGAAGUUUACGCGCGCGAUGAGCCAGGGGAAGUUUCCGAUCAGUGCGACUGGGCCGACCAAGGUCAUCUGGGCUUACUCGGCUGACGGGUCCAAGCCUCUGGCCAAUCACGGUCCUAACCGCGGUUCUGCCACCAUCAACUUUGUCUCCGGUGCCACGGAUACAGGCUCGGGAUCAGGCUCGGGAUCAGGUUCGGGUUCAACUGGGGCAGUCAACCCGGGCCAGGAUAGUUCCAAGGCCAGCAACAGCACCAGCACCAGCAGCGGCGGCGGUGGCAACGGUUGCACACCCUCCACCAUUGCUGGUUACACCUGCUCGGCUCAGCUCAGUGGCGACAAGUACAUUCUUCACUGGAAGGCCAACACGACGACAAUCAGCUUUGCUGCUGAGGUGGCAACCUCCGGUUGGGUGUCCCUCGGGUGGAACAGCAACGGCAAGAUGCAGCCGGCCGACGCAGCCAUUGGCAACCAGCCAGCUGGCAGCAACAGUGCAGCUGUCGCGCCGUACAGCAUCACGGGAUACAGUGGGUCAGACAUCUCUGCCACGUCAGCAUUCGCCCUGUCCGGGACCACAGUGGAGUCGGCAGCCAAUGGGAAGACGGUUGUGAAGUUCACCCGGCCAAUGGCGGGAGGAUCGUACCCGAUCAACACCAACGGCCCUACCACGAUCAUCUGGGCUUACUCUGCUGAUGGCUCUCAGACUCUCGCCAACCAUGGUCCCAACUGCGGAUCGGCUCAAAUCGACUUCAUCUCCGGAUCAGCCGUCUCUACCUCCUCUUCGUCAUCCUCCGUGGCUUUCAUCAUCCACGGAUGGCUGCUUGGCAUCGCGUUCGGCAUCCUCAUGCCCGCGGCUAUUCUCAUCUCGCGAAUCUUCCUCGCCGAUAAGCUCCAGGAAAAGCCGCCUGGCGUGGACCGCAUCCAAUGGGAGGCGCAGGUUGCGCGCGCGAAAUCCUGGAAGCCUAUGGCGUUCGAGACGCACAAGUGGAUGCAGAUCACAGCGGUUGUGCUCGCUAUUGUGGGGUGCAUAAUCGGAGUGGUGGAAUCCGGCUCGGUGGGUCUCAAGGGUACCCACGGCCAGCUCGGAAUCGCAAUCUUCGUGAUGAUUUUCAUCCAGCCUGUGAUUGGUCACUUCCGGCCAAACAAGGGUACAGUGAAUCGGCCGACGUGGUUCAUCAUCCACUGGGUGUUUGGCCUCGUUAUAGUUGGACUCGCUUGGGUGAACACCUUCCUUGGGUUUGACGCAAUGACGGUUAAGUUCGCCUCCGACAUGCAAGUGUAUUUCAUCAUUUUCGCGAUUGCGAUCGGGCUGUUUGCGGCGAUCUACGUGGUGAUCUUCGUGGUGGAUCAGGUGGCGUUCAUCAUUGCAAGAUUGAGACCUGCAGCGGAUGAAGGACGGGAAAAGAUGUCCUACUAUUCGGACAGUAAGAAAUUUCGCGUGCCGCAUUCUCGCCAACAACACUGUCGCCUGCCUCGCGAAACACCGCGCAUUUCGCAAAAUCGUCUUCGUCGUGCGCGUUCGCCUUCCGCGUUUGCAGAACAUCACAUUCGCAACAACACCGCGGCUCGGGAAACGCCAGUCUCUUAUAUGGUUCCUCUGCGAAGCGAACGACGGGACCCUCGCGGCGCAAUGACAUUCGCCCGCAUCCUCUCUAUAGCCCUGCUUGCUCUUACUCUAUCGGGAGCGGCGGCGGCCGCCGCCGCAGCAGCCGGUUGCGACGCGUCGACUCUGUCGGGUUACCAGCACAUGCGAGACCUCACGGGGCAAGGGUUCAUUCUCCACUGGUCGCUCGCGACUCCCACCCAAUUGGACAUCGCGCUCGAGGCGAAGCCCGGGAGCGGCGCGGAGAACGGGUGGAUCUCCGUGGGAUGGUCCGCGAACGGGAAAAUGGCUCCCGCGGACGCCGUCAUCGGUAACCUGCCGGGCGUCGCGGUCGGCGCGUACGACAUCAACGGAUACGACGGAACGACCGUUGUUGCUUCCAAAAGUUUCAAGAUUUCCGGAGGGCUGCUGAGCAGCGCGAAUGGCCGGAGCACGAUCAUCAAGUUCUCCCGCUCCCAGGGCGAUGGCGGCAGCUCCCCUCUGGAUCUCACCGGUACCGCCACCAACACGAUCAUCUGGGGCACCGGUGGCGGCGCUAGCAGCGGCAGUGGCAGCAGCAGUGGCGGGGCCAACUUGCCGGCCUGUGAUGCGUCCAUGCUGACAGGAUACGAGCAUUCCAAGGACCUCACGGGGAAUGGGUUCCUCCUCCACUGGACACUCUCAUCUGCCGGCCAGCUGGACAUGGCACUAGAAGCCAAACCGGCCAGUGGCGCCAACAAGGGCUGGAUCUCUCUGGGGUGGUCAGCGAACGGCAAGAUGUACCCCGCAGAUACGGUCAUUGGGAAUCUCCCUGAUGGGUCCGUGGGCGCGUAUGACAUGAGCGGAUACGAUGCGUCUGCUGUGCUUCCAUCGACGAAUUUCAAGAUCAGCAAGGCGUCUUUGCUCACUGCCAAUGGCGGCAGCACCAUUAUCAAGUUCUCCCGCUCCAAGGGAGACGGAGGCAUCUCCCCUCUGGAUCUUACCGGCGCCGCCACCAACACCAUCAUCUGGGGGUACUCCGCUGAUGACAGCAAGGCUCUGGACUACCACGGCACCUUCCGAGGCUCGGCUAAGAUCAGCUUCAACUGCAACAGCAAUGGUGGUGCUGGCGCUGGUGCCGGUGCCGGUGAGGGUGCUGGUGCGGGUGCUGGUGCUGGUAACAAUGGCACAAGCACAGGCGGUAGCAGCGGCAGCAGCAGUGGCAGCAGCAGCAGCGGCAGCAGCAGCGGCAGCAGCAGUGGCAGCAGCAGCAGUGGCAGCAGCAGCAGCAGUGCAGCCAGUGCUAGCUCGAGCAGCAGCGGGAAGAGUGGCUGCACGCCGUCCACCAUCCCUGGGCUGGAGUGCUCCACCAAGCUCAAUGGCGACAACUUCAUUCUCCACUGGAAGGCCAACACCUCAACCAUCAGCUUCGCAUGCGAGGUGGCAACCGCUGGGUGGGUCUCCCUGGGGUGGAGCGCAGACGGCAAGAUGUACCCCGCUGAUGCCGUCGUCGGCACCGGCAGCGGCAACAGUGCUUCCGUUGCGCCGUAUUCCAUUUCCAGCUACACGAGCGUGUCACCGAGCUCGGGCUUUGCUGUGUCGGCUACGGCGGUGGAGUCGGGAGCCAAUGGGAAGACGGUGGUAAAGUUUUCCCGACAGCUGGCGGUGGGGUUGUUUCCGAUUAAUGCGAACGGCGUGACUAAGGUCAUCUGGGCCUACUCUGCUGAUGGGUCGCAGGCUCUCGCCAACCAUAUGACCAACAGAGGCUCUGCUUCCAUCGAUUUCGUCUCUGGGAGCACCACUGUUUCGUCCACCACACCGCCCUCAACCACUCUCCUAGUCAUCCACGCGUGGCUGCUCGGAAUCGCUUUCGGCAUCCUCAUGCCUGCUGCAAUUCUCAUCUCGCGAAUCUUCCUCGCCGAUAAGCUCCAGGAGCGUCCGCCUGGCGUGGACCACGACAAGUGGGAGGCCCAGGUGGCGCGCGCGAAAUCCUGGAAGCCGCUGGCGUUUGAGACGCACAAGUGGAUGCAGAUCACCGCGGUUACGCUGGCUGUCGCUGGGUGUAUUAUCGUUUUUGUGCAAUCCGGAUCGGUAGGGCUGCAGAGCUCGCACGGCCAGCUGGGCCUCGCAAUCUUCGUGCUGAUUUUCGUGCAGCCUAUGAUUGGUCACUUCCGGCCGAACAAGGGUACAGUGAAUCGGCCGACGUGGUUCGUUAUCCACUGGGUGCUCGGCAUUGGGAUUGUCGGACUCGCGUGGCUCAACACUUUCCUCGGAUUCGACAUCAUGCAGACGAAAUAUUCGUUCAACCUCCAGGUGUGUUUCUUAUACAGUAACCCCAACAGCCUGUUAUCGUAG